UAUUUACCGUAACCUCCACACGUCCAGUCAGUUGUAACUUGUAACCAUGGUCAAGGCACGCAAGUACGUAGUCCUCAAGACUUUCGACGGAGUCCCGAAGAGGGACGACUUCAAAAUAGUCGAAUACGACCUCCCUCCCAUUCAAAAUGGAGAAAUCCUGAUAAAAACUCACUGGGUCAGCGUGGAUCCAUAUCAGCAAGCUUACAACUACCGCUACCCGGUUCCGUAUGACCAGUUUGGGUUCCAAGUAGGUGUGGUCGAAGAUUCUAAGGACCCCCGCUUUCCAGUCGGAACUAAAGUGGUCAGCCAUAAAGGAUGGUGCGACUAUACCAUAGCCAAUGCUAGCAUCAUUGGCAACUCACCGAUGGAUAGAGUGUACAAACUGCCGGAUUUGAAGGGAAUGUCACCGUCUUUAGGUGUGGGAGCAGUGGGUAUGCCUGGAGCGACAGCUUAUUUCGGAUUUUUGGAGCUGUGUCAACCGAAAGCUGGUGAGACGGUGGUGGUAACCGGUGCAGCAGGCGGCGUUGGAUCUUUAGUGGGGCAAAUAGCGAAGAUCAAAGGCUGUAAAGUGAUCGGAUUCGCUGGAACGGAUGAGAAGUGCGCUUGGUUGGAAAAAGACUUGGGUUUUGAUAAGGCAUUGAACUACAAAACUGUGGAUAUCAACUCUGCUUUGAAAGCAGCUGCCCCUGACGGCGUGGAUUGUUACUUCGACAAUGUCGGAGGGGAAAUAAGUAGUAUAAUCAUCAGCCAAAUGAACGUCAAUGGUCGUGUAUCAGUCUGCGGCAGUAUCAGCUCUUACAACGACUUGACACGAGGCGUGGGUAAGGCUACAAUUUUACAGCCAAGCUUGGUGUCUAAACAGUUGAGGGUAGAAGGAUUUCUGGUGCCAAGAUGGGCCGGAAAGUGGGGGGAGGCGUUCGUAGAUUUGGUGGACUGGAUCAAGUCAGGGAAGAUCAAAACCCAAGAGCAUAUAACUGAAGGAUUUGAAAAUAUCUAUGACGCGUUCGUUGGAAUGCUGGCAGGCGAAAAUGUGGGAAAAGCUGUUGUUAAACUUUGAAGAUAGAAAACAAUUGAAUUUAGCUAAAUAUCAUGACACUUAUGUAACUGUCACUUUUAAUGAACUGUCAAAAAUGCAGAUAUGUGAUGUCACUCCUAAAGAAACUCAAAUUCAGUUUAGUCCCUUUCCAGGGCGCUUAUACACGUCCCAAAUAUAGCUUGCCCUACCACCACUUCGGGACAACAUAUGGGCUGGUGCUGAGAAGAAGUGGCGGAAGAAACUCAGUCACCUUUAUUCGAAAAAUAAUAUGGUGUUAUGAAUGAUGAAAGGUGUACCGUAUUGAAAGUGUAAUAGGUUUUAAUUUAGCAUAAAUAACUCAAUUACGAUGAUGAGUGAAGUGUUCAGUGUUGGUUGCAUUUGUUUACUAUUAAUGAUUUUACAUUAAUAUUUAUUUUAA